UCAUGGUCUCUAUCAUACUUUCUGAAAACCCAACUACACAAACUAAAUAUAAAUAUGGGUUUGAAUUAAAAGAAAACAAAUCUAUAGAAGCUAAAGAAACCCAAUCUAUUAUUAAAAUCCAAGCUGCUGCUUUAAAUCAUCGUGAUUUUUGGAUUUUGAAGGGUCAAUAUCCCGGUAUCAAACUCGGAUCAGUGAUUGGUGCAGAUGGUGUUGCUCAUAUCCUAAAGACCAACACGCCCGAACUCCAUGUAGGCCAACGCGUCCUGAUCAACCCCGGCCAUGGCUGGGAUGAAGAUGAAAGAGGACCUGAGCAUGCAUUUGCUAUCUUAGGCUUGUUACCUUUGAUAGGCACCUUGACAGAAGAACCUGUGGCUAUUGAUCAUCAAGAACUCGUUGCUUGUCCUGACCAUCUUUCCAAUGCUGAAGCUGCUGCCUUGCCCUUGGCUGGUCUGACUGCUUACCGAGCUGUGUUUACAAAAGGACUCGUUAAAAAAGACGAUCAUGUCUUGAUCACAGGCAUUGGAGGUGGUGUUGCUUUGUUUGCUCUUCAAUUUGCUGUAGCUGUAGGUGCUCAUGUCUAUGUGACAUCAUCCAGUCCUGAAAAGAUCCAAAAAGCCAUUCAACUGGGAGCCAAGGGUGGUGUCAACUACAAAGAAGAAAACUGUAUGGCACAACUCAAGAAAUUGUUGGGCAGCCAUUUGAUUUCUGCUGUGAUUGAUGGUGCUGGUGGACCUUUGUGUGCUUCUUAUCCUAGAGUGAUGCGCACAGGUGGUAUUAUUGUCAACUAUGGUCAAACAGCGAGUACACAAGGGUUUCCUUACACCAUGACACAUGUGUUGAAGAACAUCGAUGUCAAAGGCUCCACGAUGGGAUCCAGAAAAGAAUUUAGAGACAUGGUUCAGCUUGUUGAACAACAUAAAAUUAAGCCUGUUGUGUCUCAUGUAUGGCAUGGAUUGACAGCUGCUUCUAUUGAUGAAGCCAUCGCUACCAUGAGUAAAGGAGAACAAUUUGGUAAAUUGGUACUUGAAUUUAGUCCUACAAGAGGCAGCCCAAAGCUUUAGAAAAUAGUAAUAAUAAUA